AUGCCGGCCCUGGCUUGUUGCGUGGACGCUGCUGUGGCUCCUCCCGGCCACGCCUUCGCCGGGGAUAGCUCUCUUCCCGCUCCGCCAUUCUCCGGCGUACCUCCGGCGACCACCGCCGUCACCACCGACAGUUCCCAUUGGUCUCCCUCCCUGUCAUCCGACCUCUACCGAAUCGACGCCUGGGGUGGGCCAUACUUCACCGUCAAUUCCUCCGGCAACGUCGCCGUCCGUCCGCAUGGGUCGGCGACCCUGCCCCACCAGGAGAUCGAUCUGCUGAAGAUCGUGAAGAAGGUUUCGGAUCCGAAACCAGAUUGCGGGCUCGGGUUGCAACUCCCGCUCAUUGUUCGCCUGCCCGAUGUGCUCAAGAACCGGCUGGAGUCGCUCCAGGGGGCGUUCGAUCUCGCGAUCCAGUCCCACGACUACGGGUCCCACUACCAGGGCGUGUUCCCGGUGAAAUGCAACCAGGACCGGUUCGUCGUGGAGGACAUUGUCCGGUUCGGCUCGCCGUUCCGGUUCGGAUUGGAAGCUGGGUCGAAGCCGGAGCUUCUCUUGGCCAUGAGCUGCUUGUGCAAAGGUAACCCAGAAGCCCUUCUCAUCUGCAAUGGAUUCAAAGACUUCGAGUACAUCUCUCUGGCUCUGUUUGCUCGCAAGCUCGCCUUAAACACAGUGAUUGUUCUUGAGCAAGAGGAAGAGCUCGAUGUGGUUAUUGAUUUGAGCAAGAAGCUAGGUGUUCGACCCGUGAUUGGGGCCCGAGCCAAGCUCAAAACCAAGCAUUCGGGUCAUUUCGGGUCGACUUCGGGCGAGAAAGGGAAGUUCGGGCUCACCACCACUCAGAUUUUACGGGUUGUUAAGAAACUUGAUCAAUUGGGUCUGCUUGAUUGCUUUCAGUUGUUGCAUUUCCAUAUUGGGUCUCAGAUCCCUUCGACUGCUCUGCUCGCCGGUGGCGUAUCCGAAGCUGCUCAGAUCUACUGUGAAUUGGUCCGCCUCGGUGCCCACAUGAAGUUCAUAGACAUUGGAGGCGGUCUGGGUAUCGAUUACGACGGAUCCAAAUCCAGUGACUCUGAGAUUUCAGUCAGCUAUAGCCUCGAAGAGUAUGCUGCUGCUGUUGUCCGAGCAGUCCGGAACGUUUGUGACCGGAAGUCGGUGAAGCACCCGGUGAUUUGCAGCGAAAGUGGCCGAGCCCUCGUGUCUCAUCAAUCGGUUAUGAUAUUUGAGGCCAUUUCUUCCAGCGCCUGUGAUGAUGUUCCUCCCAUGUCUGCGUUUGCGCUUCAGUAUUUCAUCGAGGGGCUCACAGAGGAAGCUCGUGCCGAUUACCGAAACCUCUCGGCUGCGGCAAUCAGAGGGUCUCUGGGCAUUGAGCAAUUAGCCACUGUUGAUGGGCUCUGUGAUAUGGUUUCGAAAGCAAUCGGGGCAUCUGACCCUGUCCGUACAUACCAUGUGAAUCUCUCGGUUUUUACUUCAAUUCCAGACUUCUGGGGCAUUGGGCAGACGUUCCCAAUAGUCCCGAUUCACCGCCUCGAUCAGCGGCCGGUGGUGAGGGGAAUAUUGUCGGACUUGACCUGCGACAGUGAUGGGAAGAUUGACAAGUUCAUCGGUGGGGAGUCGAGCCUGCCGCUGCAUGAAUUGGAAGGCAAUGGUGGGGCUAAUGGCGGUGGGCAGAAGUACUAUCUGGGGAUGUUCUUGGGCGGGGCUUAUCAGGAGGCACUCGGAGGCGUCCACAACCUCUUUGGAGGCCCGAGCGUUGUUCGGGUCUCCCAGAGCGACGGACCCCACAGCUUUGCGGUAACGCGGGCUGUGCCAGGGCCGUCGUGUUCGGAUGUCCUCCGAGUGAUGCAGCAUGAACCCGAGCUCAUGUUCGAGACACUCAAGCACCGGGCGGAGGAGUACGGGCAGGGCGACGAUGGCGGCAUGGCUAGCGCAGCAGUCGCCACCAGCCUUGCCCGCUCCUUCCACAACAUGCCGUAUCUGGUGGCAUCUUCAUCGUGUUGCUUGACUGCAAUGAACAACCAUGGCUUGUACUAUUGCAGUGAGGAUGAUUAUGACGUUGUUGCAGAUUCUGCUGGUGGUGGUGGUGGUGGUGGUGAGGAAGAUAAGUGGUCUUACUGCUGUGCUUGA